AGAUGAUGGAGGAUAAUCUAUGUCGCAGAAUCAAAACAAGGUCUAGCCUUGACAAUUCAGUCUUCAAAAAAAGAGUAGGCCAAAGCUUCAAAUUUUAGAUCUUCCGGAGGAUGUGCUGUGCACAAUUCUUUUAGAAUUGCCACUGAAGGAUGUUGUAAGAUCUAGUGUUCUGUCCAGCAAAUGGCGAUUUGUCCACAAGAUUAAUCCCAAAUUUCGAUUUGACGGCAAGACAAUGUGCAGCGCCAACAGUAAAUAUGGGUCAGAACAAUAUACUCAGGAAUUCAUUAGGAAUGUCAAUACUGUCCUUCAGCAACACAAAGGUGACUUUGUCGGACAUUUUGAGGUCAGGUUUGAUCUCAGCAGGGAACUGGCUAUUCAUCUUGAUAACUGGGUUGGGUUUGUUGUGUCAUCAAAUGUACAGAAUCUAGCUUUUGAUCUAGUACCAGCUGAAUUCCGUGGUCAUAAUGAUCGGUAUUUACUUCCUAGUAAACUUCUGGACAGUGCAAGCACAUCAUGUCUACAGAAUGUGCAACUUGGCUUUGUGUCUUUCAAAUUGCCUUCCCAAUUCAGUGGUUUCCCAAAUCUAAGAAAGCUUGAUCUGCAAUUCAUCGAUGUCACAGCAAAGGAUCUUGAAGAUAUGCUAUCAAGUUGCUCAUGUAUUGCGUGGUUGAGUAUUGUUAGGCGCCAUCUGGAUGACGAACUAAAGGUCGAUCUCCCAUUGCCUAGCCUCUUAUACUUGUCGGUUGCACACUGCAGGGUAACCGGAGUAAAAUUCAAUGCCAUGAAGCUCAAAAGUUUUAAUUGCAGAGGGAGCCGGUAUCCCAUUGACCUCACUCAAUCGCUGGAGCUGAAAGAUGCACACCUUUAUUUUUUUGACUCUGUAACACUUGAGUAUACUCUCUCUACACUUCCUACAGUGCUUCCAAGUGUGGAAUAUCUCUAUCUGCGAGCUACUGCAACAUUAAAGACGCACACAUUGCUAGAAAACACCUGCAGGUUUUCUCAGCUUAAGUAUCUACAGCUGGAGUUAUAUAUGGUAUAUGAAGAUGCUGACAACAUUCUUUCUUUGGCCUCUAUUCUAAGGGCAGCUCCUCUUCUUGAAAACUUCGAGUUACAUAUCAGUGUUUGCUCCUUUGCACAUUUAGGUUGGGAGCCUCUCAGGAGCCUUCCACGAUGUCCACAUAAUCAUCUCACGAACUUGUAUAUUUCGGGAUUUAUAGCUUGCACAGGCCAACUUGAGUUUCUGCUGCACACUGUGGAAAAUGCCCCUGUGCUGGAGGUUUUGACUUUAGAUCCAGCUUUCAGAUCCGAUAAGAAAGUUGGUGGGGGUUAUGAUGGACCAACUGAUGUCUUCUUCUCCCGGGUCCGUGAAAUCAGUCGAAGAUACCUUAUCGGGAGAAUAUCACCGACUACAAAGCUUUGUAUUCUCUAGGACUCUGUAGUUUUGCAAGAAAUUGCAUUCGACUUAAACAUACUAAGGAGAUUGUAUGUGAUACCGUUAUAUGUUCCUCGUAUCUCCCGUUGUAUUUAAGCGGUUCGCUCCUAGCACAAAUAUGGCGCGUGCAUUCAAACUGUUGUAAAUAUGAUGGAAUUUGUUUUUUUUUUAAUUACACGAACUUGGACGAGCAAGCAGAUGCUGGCAGUCUGGUGUGCAAUGAGCAUAAUAGCAUUGAAUA